UCAGCUAGCAAUCUCAGUUUGACCAAAUACUGAGUGCAUGCAAUUAUUGGGAGAAGAAGCUGAUUAACUGAAGCUGGAUGCAGGCAUGGCUGGCUGGGCCAACAUUCACUGCACAUGAGAGUCAGCUAUGUUGCUGUCAGUCUGGAGUCACUUGUAGGCCAGACCAGGUGACACUAGCUCAGUCAGUAUUUAUUGCCCAUCUUUAAACUUCCUUCAAAAGGUGUCUAUGUUGCAUCUGGAUCACUCAAAGAUGGCAGAAGCGUGUCUCAGUGUUUAGCACUGCUGCCUCAGCGACCUGAGUUCAAUUCCACUCUCGAGCGACUAUCCGUGUGGAAUUUCCAUAUUCUCCCUGUUUCUGUGUUUGCUUCCUCCUAAAGAUGUGCAGAACUGGAGUGAUGUUAAGGAGCACAAGAAUUAAAGAAAAUUCUGCAAAUGUGCGACCAUCGGAAAAAACAUUUAUCUUUAAUUUCAAGACAGGACAUCAGUCAUGUGUGCUGACUGCACCCAUCCAGAUUCCUAUGCAAGGAAGUAUCAAUGAUUUACAUGGCCGUCUAAUGCUCUUACAUAAUCUUCCUUAUUUUAUUGACAAUGACUUAAAAAAUUCUCUUGAUCAGUUUGUUAAUGAAGAAACUAAGAAGACCUAUGAUGAAGAAGCAGAAGCUGUUUUAGAGAAACUAAAAAUGAGUGAUGUGCGUGCUGAACAGCUUGUUAAUACUUGGGCUAAAGCUUAUCAAGAGACAACAUUAGAAUACUCUAAGCCUGAAGAACCUAGUUGGGAUGAAGAUUUUGCAGAUGUUUAUCAUGAUUUGAUUCAUUCUCCAGCCUCUGAAGCUUUACUGAAUUUGGAACAUAAUUAUUUUGUCAGAGUCUCAGAACUUAUUAGUGAAAGAGACAUGGAAUUGAAGAAACUGCAGGAAAGGCAGUCUGUGGAAAUGGAUAAAGUAAUGCAAGAACUAGGGAAAAGCCUUACAGAUCAAGAUGUAAACUCAGUUGCUGCUCAGCAUUUUGAAUCCCAACAGGUGUUGGAGAACAAGUGGGCCCAUGAGCUGAAACAAUUAAUGGCAAUUCAAAAACAAGAGUAUCAAGAGUGGGUAAUAAAACUCCAUCAGGACAUGCAAAAUCCUAACAACAGUGCAGUCAGUGAGGAAAUCAAAGUAAAACAAAGUCAGUCCACUGUCGCAAAUGAACGAAUGAUUGAAGAACGACCUCUGUUGGAAGAAAGCUUUACGAUACACCUAGGUGCCCAGUUGAAAACUAUGCAUAACCUACGGCUAAUGCGAGCUGAUGUUCUUGAUUUCUGUAAACAUAAGCGGAAUCAACAAAGUGGAGUUAAACUUCAAAGGCUACAAACUGCCCUUUCGCUCUACUCCACCUCUCUCUCUGGUGUUGUCUUACUUGUCGAUAAUCGAAUCAAUUCCUAUAGCGGCAUCAAACGAGAUUUUGCAACCGUUUGCCAAGAGUGUACGGAUUUCCAUUUUCCAAGAGUAGAACAACAACUUGAGAUUGUCCAGCAAGUUGUACUUUAUGCAAGUGCUCAGCGUAACAAGAAGACGAAGGAAAGAGCUGAGUUACCAAACGGAAAUGGGGGAAGUGAAGAUAAGUCAAAGAUUGGAGAAAGAAAUCCAUCAAAUAUUUUACCAGGAGAAUUUUAUACCACAAGACAUUCUAAUCUUUCUGAAGUACAUGUUGUUUUUCACUUGUGCGUGGACGACAAUGUGAGAUCAAGCAAUAUUACAGCACGUGAUCCUGCAAUUAUGGGCUUGCGGAACAUUCUGAAAGUCUGCUGCACUCAUGAUAUUACUACAAUAACUAUCCCACUUUUAUUGGUGCAUGAUAUGUCUGAGGAGAUGACUAUACCUUGGUGCCUGAAAAGAGCAGAGCUUGUCUUUAAGUGUAUAAAAGGUUUUAUGAUGGAAAUGGCAUCCUGGGAUGGGGGAACUUCUCGCACAGUUCAGUUCCUUGUGCCACAGAGUAUUUCAGACGAAAUGUUCUACCAGUUGAGCAAUAUGCUACCUCAAAUUUUUAGAGUUUCUUCUACUUUGACACUGACCUCCAGACGAUGAGCUAACACAAGUAUUCAGUGAACAGUGAAUGAGUGGACCAAAAUGGGGAAAGGAUAUUACUGUAAACCAAGAACUGUGGAAGGAGUUUUAAAAAUAUUAAAAAUAAGUUUAUUUGUGGACAGCUUCUUAGUGAACAACACAAAAGCAGAAGGUAUCAAGAUUGCAAGACACACCAUGUCUCUAUCUGCCCCUGCAUUGAAAGAUGACUAAUCUCUCCCAACAUUUACUCUAAACUGGUGCCUCAAAGGAGUGACAAGACUGAAUGAUUAAUAUAGUAACCAUCAAAACUCAGGAUUGGAAGAAGAAAAAGGGAAACCUCAUCAAAUCCUGUGAACUAGUGCAAAUGAACUGUGUUCCCCAGUAUUUCUCCCCCCCUAUCAUAACAUUGGUUUGUUUGUCCGUAUGUAUGUAUAGGAUUUAAGAACGGGAUAGAGCUUAAGCUAGCACAAUAAGAUGAUAAUUCAUUUUGUUUUCAUGCAGGUAGAACUUACUUCUUUGUAAUAACUAGUUGUUUCUUGUUAAAGAAACCUGGUCAGUGUUUUCUAUUAACCAGACUCCAUCACCUGGGUAAGCUGAGGCACUGAGUAAUUUGAUUAAGUCUUUAAUUUUUGUAAUUAUCACAGAGCAGUGAGGUUCAAGUAUCAGAGUACGUUCUCAUGACAUUGAGUGCAAAUUGUUCCCUUUAUUUACAGGAACGAGCGCAGUACCUUGUUUUCUGCAACACAUUAAAUACUAUGAUAUCCAAGCAGCUAUGUGCACUGAAAUCUACCAAGCUCAUCUGAGUAAUAACUUUGAUGAAGACUAUUUCCUCCACACGGUUCAGCACUUUUGUAAACUUACUAAUGAAUAAAAAGUGUA